AUGAAUAAGAGGAGUAAGGAAAAGGCAUAUGAAAGCAGACGAAAUGACAAGAAUGAAUUAGGAAAUAUAAAAAAUAAAUUGGAAAUUUUGAAAAACAAAACUGAAGUGAAGACAGAUCAAAAAUUAGAAAUCAUUAAGAAAAAUGUAGACCCUUUUAACGAUCUGAAAAUUCAUAUUUUAAAUGUGUUGGAUGAAACAAGAAAAUGUAUAAGGGAAAAGGAAAAUAUCCAAAAUAUUCAUGGGAAUAAUAUUGAAGCAAUAAAAAGGGGAAAUCUCAUAUAUAAUAAUAUGAAAAAUUUGGACACAUAUUUUAUAAAAUUAGAAGAAAUUUUGAAGAAACAGUUAAAACAAAUACAUACGUUUAGUAAGGAAGAGUUAUAUGACAAAAAUGAAACUUUCGAUUUGCUGAAAAAACAAAUUUACGAAUGUAAGAAGCUGAGCAAUUAUGAACACAUUAAGGAUACCUGUGUUAUGGAUUUCUCAGAGUUUAAGAACAAGCAGCAGAUUGAAAGAAAAGGAACUAGCAACAACAACAGCGAUGAGGACGAUUUAGUGAUAAUAAAUAAAUGGAAAGAACGAGAUAAAAAGUUUAAUGAAGAUAUUUUGAAGAUUGGAGAAGUUGUUGACCGAAUAGGAGUCAAUGCUGUUUUUUUAACACAGAAAGCCGAUGAACAGAAUGAAAUAAUUUUAGAUUUACAAGAUCAUACUGAUAAAACACAAAAUAAUGUAAAAGAAGUUAAUGUGGAAAUUAAGAAAGUUAUGAAAAAGCAUUCUCAAACCACAUGGUGCUGCAGGAUAUCUCUUGUCAUUAUUUUGGUUAUGUUAGUCCUACUAACGUCAAAUGUGAUUUCCAAUAAAUUUAUAAAAAAUUUAUAA